AUGCCCGCUUUGUGGAGGCGGAUUGGUGCGCCCGUCCUCUACACGACUCGAAACAUCGAGUAUCUCACUAUUGGGCCUGCGUCACAAGGAGCAUCGCAAGAACUGUAUAUUGGAGUGAGCAAGAGCGCACGUGGACUGCGUAGUGAUAUCGCCUUAUUGAAGAUUGCUCUCGAGGGGGUGUGGCCGCAUCAACGCGAGCAGAUUUUGCGGGUGCAUAGGGAGCGCUCCCAGACUAUUUUGAAGACAGAGAAGGCCUGGGCGGAAUGGGCUCAACAGCGGUCCACCACAGAAAGCACCGUCAUUCGCCAAAGAGUCACCAAGUUGGCAACUUCAUACCAUGACUCCUUCAUGUCUUUGCUAAGAGGUAUACCCUGCAGAAUCGCGCGCCACUUGUGUGUACUUGGAUUCCAGCGGGAAGUGGCGUACCUUGGUUGCGGUCAUAAGAAAUUAUAUGAACAUCCCUUAGGAAUGAUACCAGAAGAGCUCGACGACGAAGCCCUGUUGGCAGUGACACCCAGCUUGGUGAAGUGGAUGGAGGAGAUACGAGAACUCAAGCACCGCCUACGCAUCCGUGCGUGCUAUGCAGAACUUCUUAAGCAGCUAGAUGCAGCUGUGGUCUGCAUGCGCCCUGCCGCUUUCCCUGAAGCUGCCCUACCGCAGGCUCCAGACAUCCUGAUGCUCCCGGACACCAAGGUGCUGGUGGAGACAACAGCGACGAAGAUACGGAACAUCACCGUUAACGACGCCUCGCGCGGAGGGAAGGCCAGCGCCAGCACGAAGAAUAUCUUCGCACCACACCUACAUGCCUUGGUAUCGGCCUGGCGUGAGGAGCGAAAAAGGCAGCUAGCGGAAUUAGUUCCUCCUGCAACCUCUUCGUCACACCCCGUAGAUGUCCUUGGCCUCGCACGGAGCGUCUUUCGAUGCCAACAUUGUAGUUCUGAACUGCGCUGGCAGGAUGCCUUGUCUCAUCCUCAUCUGUACUCUGCCGGUUACACGCUCUACAGAUGCAGCAGGAGCUUCGACCCUUCGGAAGUGGCGAUCCUCGGUCUGUCUAUUGAAGACGACGUGUUUAGCAGUGCCUUGAGGAGGCAUCUAGGAUCUCGCCCCCAGUGGUCUCCUACACAUCUCGAGUACCAAGGAGAGCUAGUCCUGAAGAUCAUUGUGGCGUGCGGUGGUAAUCCAGAUCUCACAAGUGCUGCAGAUUUGGACGACGCGGACGCGACACUCGCUUCUGCUAAGUUCAGAGGCGAGUUUGCUGGCUGGACGCGGCUCGAGGCUAGGCUAGCUCGCAUUGUCAAGUCGGAAACUGGCACUCACCGGUUGUUCACCGAAGAGUACUCUCGACAGCACUCCGCAGAACUGUACGUGCACAAAGAAGUUGGCACUGGCUCGAAGCAAUCCCCUGCUGGCAACCCCUUAUUACUGCUCCCGCGCCACCGCAAAGACUUACACUCGCACUACCAUCCCUACCCUCGACGGCCAAGUGUAUUUGAGCGGUGGUGGAUAGAUCAGUAUCCAAAUGGCUUCAUAUACGUGGACCUCACUCGGGCUUCAGGCCUCAAGCUCCUGAGCUGCGCUACGCCUUCUGAUCUCUGCACAUCGUCAUCGGCAUCUGCGUCAAUACAACUCAAUGCUGGCGUCCUACUCUGCCCUCGCACGCACGACACGCCUUCCGCCGACCGUGCCGCAUCUUCGCUCGCCUUGGGAUUUUCCCGCCCACUUUCGCCCGCCGAGGGAGCAACCCGCCCCAUCUGUAUGAGGCGAAUUGGCAAGCAGCUGAUCGCUCAAGAGUGCCCGUCGACUCGCGAACCGUCUAGCGCAGGAUCUUACGAGUUCACCGCUGGGCGGAACCAAGCGUCUGGAAGAACGAAGUUUGAGCGACACGGGCGACGAGCCGUAGAUGAGUGCACUUACAUUUUCCGCAAGACAUUUCGACGAGCAGCACAUCAGACGGCUCCUCGUCAGAUUGCGAUCCAGGAAUAUCAAUCCGCUCAAAAUGGUCCACUUGACCGGCGAAGUGAAUGGUCACUCCGCUGUCGUCGAACGGUCAUUAACUUCAAGCCGGUGAAGUCAGAGAAAAUGACAGUAUUCACGGAGGUACCGGUGGGCUUGAUGGAAGAUCGCACGGCCCGCAGAGCGACGUUCGAACUUCGCGAAGUGACCCAAUGUCACGGUGCGAAGGUCAUUACGGUGGCCCGAUUGUUGAGGCCACACAUCCGCGCCAUAUUACAUAAUAUUGCGUCGCGCGUCGCCUCCCACAAUAACCCGGUUUGUUUGGGAACUACUCACUCUGAGUACGUUAUUGGCAGGGGGACCUUAAGUUCACACUCCACGCCUCAAGUCGAUGAAGCUGAAGUUGUCUGCAAUGCGUUGCGGACGUCUGAAGGUUCGCCGGCAUCCAUUUGCAUACUCAGCGUCGACGUCCGACUCCGAGAGUCGCAGCUAAUUACUGUCUAUACCGUAAGAUCCGAGUGGACACAACCAUCGACGACUGCUGCCCCCGUCGGGCCUUCAGCUCUUUGCACUCGCCAACGAUUGGCUGCCGCCCUGGGCUCGCCUUCGACCGUCCUCGAGUCCGCGCCAGGCACCGAGCGACAUGGAUGCUGCACCCUCCGGUGGCCGCAUCGCGAACACUCGCGGGAUGUGCUGGGUCAUGACCACGAGGAGGACGAGCUAGACAAGUGUGAGGUAGAGCGAUCGAUCUUGCACGCCGUCGAAGAGAAGGGACACCUAGCAUCGCUGAUGGAGGACGAGGCCAGAACUUUGGUUCACAUUCGCCUCCGAAGCCUCUCGCAGGCUGUCGCGUCCCUUGCUUCAUUGGACCAUUUUUGGGACUUCGCUCGACUACACCUCAAGCGUCUGGAGUCCCUUCGUCGGCGAGCGUCUUCAUUGGUAACCAAUAGAGCGGAUGCGAGAGCAGUGUCGCCUCCGAGAUGCGAGAGGCUUCAGAUGGACGCGCCCGCAGACUGUCGGCGACGUCCUCUUCGCGAAGCAGCCCAGAAGGCUGCGUCGUUGAUGGGCACCGAGAGCGCUGGCUCGCCCACCGUCAUGGCAGCGAAUCGACUCAUUUGCGUCGAAACGGAUGCAGGUAAAGUGGUCGUGUUUGAAUUCAAGCAGAAUCUUGAAUGCAUAUGUCGCACAGAUCAUUGCCUGACGCUCUGUUGUACAGACAAAGCAAGGGACCAAUCACAACCGCGUUUCGUUUCGCCCACCACUUUGGCAGAUGCGGCUGCCGGACGUCAGGAAGGACGCCUAGCGGGAUCAAGGAUCGUCAGCGUUGGCCUUGGUGCGGAGAGGCUAUCAGCAAUCGCCUCUGCAGACGAUGGCGGCCUUUCGUUCUACCACAGCUUAGGCAAGGUCUUCUUCAUGGGCGCUCAACGUUGUGUCUCCUCGGGAAGUACCCGGAGGACAGCCAGCGACAUGAUUCAUCCGGCCAUAACGGAGUUCAUCAUUUUCGCCCUCUCUCAUCGUGCUUACGCCGAUCAAGCUGGUGAGCUUGGCCUGAAGCCGUCACCGGGGACAUGGUACCGACAUAAUCGCGAAGACGACAACAUUUCCUCUCUCAGAAGCAGACCAGAACGAUGGACAUCACCCUCACGCAUCGACGGCCGCGGUGUCGGGGAGAUUCCUGCCCGACUCGCUUCGAAUUGCUCACAAGCCGAACAGGCUCAGAAUCGUGAAACGGAUGAAGAUCGUUCACCAGAGCUGCUCCACCAGCCCGAGAACUGCACCCGCCCCAGGCUCAAUUUCGACUACGGGGCUUUCGCCAACGCGACCGAUCACUAUGAUGAGGACGGGCAUGAUCAGUGCGGUAUACGAGCUCUGGCAGGACCCGAUUGCGAACUACAUCUCCCCGGAGACGCUACGGAUAUGCACGAAGCCUUCUCUUGA